UCCAAAUCCGAACGAGCAAUCCGAAGGAUAAACGAUCUUCGGGCCAUUGGCGCAAGCUGUGAAGCGCCAUCGGAAUCAAACUCUUCGAUUCUCAAUCUCAAUCCCAAUUUCAAACUCCCACCUCAUUUACCUACUGCAAUACGAAGAUCCAUAAUCUUUUCAGUGUAGAGCAUGCUCAUUACUGGCAUUGGCAAUCUACUCAACCGCUUGCUUGAUCGGAAUCUUAGGGAAGAUACGCCAAUCGUCGACCAAAGGUUGGAAUCAUUCAUUUCUGUUUCAUAUCGUUUGAUUUAUAUUCAAUCUAGGAGCUGCUGCACGCUAAGCUUUUUACAGCUGACUGAUCUUUUGAUGUUCAUAACAUUAAGUUUGUUUCUCUUUGGUCGAAAUCUGAACGGAAAUGACUUACUUCUUCUGUUUAUCGAAUGGUUUUGGAAUGUAUCAGCAUCCUCAAGGCUGUCCUCGAUGGCAUAUCUCUGGGAGUAGAAUUGCGCUAUUUGGAAAAUGCAGCACAUUCCAGCCACUCUCGAGGAACAGUUGUUACUGAAAGCAAUCAAGGAAGAAUGUUCUUGGGAGAGUCUCCCGAAACGGCUGCAAGCUACUCUGUCCUCCAAAGAAGAUUGGCAUAGAAGGAUUAUUGACCACUGUAUAAAGAAGAGACUCCAAUGGAACACUAGUUUUGUUCGCAAAGUAUGCAAAGAAAGUGAAUAUUAUGAUGAUAUGAUGCGGUAUCUGCGAAGGAACCUAGCGCUAUUUCCUUAUCACCUUGCGGAGUAUGUUUGCCGUGUAAUGAGAAUAUCACCUUUUAGAUAUUACUGCGAUAUGAUAUUUGAGGUCAUGAAAAAUGAGAACCCUUAUGAUAGCAUCCCAAAUUUCAGUGCGGCUGAUGCACUGCGGUUGACUGGAAUUGGAAGGAAUGAAUUUAUUGAUAUCAUGAAUAAGUGUAGAUCCAAGAAAAUUAUGUGGAAGCUAAACAAGUCAAUUGCAAGAGAACUUUUACCAAGUCAACCUAUUGAUUUUGUUGUCGAUCCAUGGUGGGGAGUUUGUCUUGUAAACUUCACGUUGGAAGAAUUUAAGAAACUCUCAGAAGAAGAAAUGGCAACUAUUGACAAAGUUUGUAAGGAGGAGGCUAAUUCAUUUAUUCUCUUCGACCCAGACAUUGUAAAAGGUCUCUACAGAAGGGGAUUGAUCUACUUUGACGUUCCUGUUUAUCCAGAUGAUCGUUUUAAGGUUUCAAGACUUGAAGGGUUUGUUUCCAACCGAGAACAAUCCUACGAAGACCCGAUUGAGGAGUUAUUGUAUGCAGUUUUUGUUGUUUCAAGUGAAAAUGCAACUGUGGCUGAACUGGCAGCGACAUUACAGGCUGACCUAUUGCAGCUUCAGGCUGCUGCAUCUUUUGCUUGUAGAUUGGGAUGGGCAGUAAAAGUAAUUGAUCCAGCAUCCGUUCUUCAAGAUACAAGCAUACCUAACUCUCCUAGAACAGUUUUUGGUGAUGAAGAUGGUUCUCUAGCUGCUUCAGGUUCAUCAAACAUGCUUUCUGAUGGCGAUGGUUCUCAGCAAGGGUAUUCCGGGACAGAUAGUUUGGGACCAGAUUGUGCUCAUCGCGUUGCUUUUGUAGUAGAUGCUAAUAUAACAUCAUAUCUCAUGAUGGGGUCUGUUUCACCAGGACUGAAAUCCCAUGCUGUAACCUUGUAUGAAGCUGGAAAACUAGGCCAUGCUUGCAUUGCAGAUCUUUGCAAAGAUCUAACUACCUUAGAAGGAGCAAAGUUUGAGGGUGGACUGCAGGAAUUUGCAAACCAUGCAUUUAGCCUACGUUGUGUUUUAGAAUGUUUAUUGGUAGGUGGAGUUGCCAUUAAUGCGAAAGGAGAGGAGGGAAUCUUUGAUAAACUAGAUGCACAAGCUUCUGACAACAAUGAAUCUUCGUCUUUGGUAACAGACACUUCUUCAGGUGAAAAGUUAGAAUACUCGACUACUGAUGAUCAGAAAUGUUCCGCAGUGCUACUUAAGGGUUCUGCCUCAUCCGAAUCUCUUAAAAACAGCGUUGGUGAUGAUAUGAACUCUGCUAAUUGUUUAAAUGGUAGGACUUCCUUUAGUCAAGCAUCGGACCCAGUUCCUCAUCUCCAAAUCGAUAAUAAAUCAACUCAGAUUGAUGAGCUAGAUAUUGGAGAAUCACUCAAGAGAAUAAAGAAAUAUCAAGUUGAUAUUCUUCGCUGUGAAAGCUUGGCUUCUCUUGCUCCUUCAACAUUAAAUCGGUUGUUUCUUCGUGACUAUGAUGUUGUUGUCUCUAUGAUUCCUCUUCCUCCAUCAUCAAUUCUUCCAGGACCAACAGGCCCUAUCCAUUUUGGUCCUCCAUCUUAUUCAUCUAUCACACCUUGGAUGAAAUUGGUUUUAUAUUCAACUGUAGCCAGUGGGCCACUUUCAGUUAUACUAAUGAAAGGGCAAUGCCUGCGUAUGCUUCCUGCACCAUUGGCUGGAUGUGAGAAAGCCUUAAUAUGGUCUUGGGGUGGUUCCAAUAUUGGUGGCCUGGGAGGAAAAUUUGAAGGCAAUUUUGUAAAAGGAAGCGUACUUUUACAUUGUUUAAACGCACUUCUCAAAUACGCGGCUGUGUUGGUGCAGCCCCUCAGUAAAUAUGAUAUUGAUAAAAACGGGAAAGCCAUUACCGUUGAUGUUCCUUUACCCUUAAAGAAUUCUGAUGGCUCAAUUACUCAAGUAGGUAAUGAUCUGGAUCUAUCUAAAGAAGAGAUUUCCGGCGUGAACUCCUUGUUAAUUGUUGUAGCAAAGAAGAUAGAACUGUGGGCAGUUGGUUAUAUUCGGCUGUUGAAGCUCUUCAAAGAAAGGGAGUCGGAAAACUUUUCUUCGGAUGACACGAACUAUGAAUGGGUACCAUUGAGUGUUGAAUUUGGAAUACCACUUUUUAGUCCCAAGUUAUGUGACAAUAUUUGUAGAAGAGUGGUCUCAUCUGAAUUACUUCAGUCAGAUUUACGGCAUAAGCAUCAUGAAGCAAUGCAAGGGUUGAGAAAGAGAUUGCGUGAUGUUUGUUCGGAAUACCAAGCAACAGGUCCAGCUGCAAGACUUUUGUAUCAGAAGGAGCAACCUAAAGAACUUUCCAAACAACUCCUGAACUAUGCUAGUGGAAGGUGGAAUCCACUAGUGGAUCCUUCUUCUCCCAUUUCAGGAGCUGCGAACGAACAUCAGAGGCUAAAGCUUGCUAAUCGGCAUCGCUGUUGCACGGAAGUUUUGAGUUUUGAUGGUACCAUUCUUAGAUCCUACGCUUUGGCGCCCGGGUAUGAGGCUGCCACAAGGCCAAUAGAGGAAGCCCUUCCUAAUUCGAAAGGAGAAUCAGAUGAAACCGACAGCAAGGAAGUAGUACUCCCUGGUGUGAAUAUGAUUUUCGAUGGUACCGAGUUACAUCCAUUCGAUAUAGGUGCUUGCCAGCAGGCUCGUCAACCAAUUGCCUUAGUAGCAGAAGCAGCAGCAGCCUCAGCAGCUGCAACUAAAUAGGCUUUGCAGCCAUUGACAUUUUCUUGGGUAGAAGAAUAGACAAGGUAAUGCAACUGAGAAUAUAUUUAAUUUGAUUCUUUCAUAUGUUUCAUCCUUGGGGCAACUAAACUCAAUGAAAGUUCGAGAUUAGGUCCGAGGUAAUGAUUACCGUUACUUUGUUGGUGUAUCGUACCCAUCUCGAGCUUCUUGCCCUGGGGUGCAUAUAUAGUUACCACUGUUUGUUAAUGUAUCCAUGAUUCCAUUAGAGUAGAGAUCUUGAACUGAUCAAAGCUAUCAUAUUGUGGUUGCUUGCUUUUUAAGCCACUUAUUUAUUCAUGAGAUUUUCCAU